CGGGCGGGCGUCGCCGCCGCCAGGACCGCGCUCCGGCAAGGCUGUGGCCACCACAUAGCACUCGACGACGACGACGACGACGAUCAGUCUUCUGACACUGCACGUUUCGUUCGCACGCGCGCUCUUCGCAUCGCACAUCGUACGAUUUACAGUAUAGUUCAAAACCACAAAAUAUUAUAAAGUCCGUACCGUAUUUUUCGUUCGACGCCGCCGCUCUGAUCGCGUGCGCGCACAUGACACUAUCCGCCGCUCGUCAUUAUCGUUGUUUUUUUUAUUACAUUUUCCUAUAUAGUCGUUUGUGAUUUCGCGUUUUCAUACCGCUCCGAAAAUGGUGACCAAAUCGCUAAACGGACCCAGUUUCACCAUCAACCACAUAUUGGGACGUCUGGACGUGGACGACGAACGGGACUGCAAGAGUCCCGGCCCGUCUACGAGCCGGUCGUUCACCACCGGCAGCGAGGCCAGCGACUGCAGCGGCGACGACUGCCUUUGCGCCCCGGUCGACUACAGCACGCGGCCGGGCGGCAGCCCUUCGCCGCCGACUACGCCGGGCGACCUGCACCGGCACCACCGCGGCGGCCAUCACCACCACAACAGGCGGCCGCACGCCGCGUCGCCGGCCACGGUCGACAUCAAACCGGAAGAGGAAGACGACGACGACGACGACGACGUCGACGACGGCUCGGCCAAAGGCGACAAGUCUCCGCAGCCCGCGGACGGCGCCAAAAGCAAGGACGACGCGGCCGCCACGCCGCCGGUUGACGACAAAAACAAAAAGCCCAAUUACAGCUAUAACGCUCUGAUCAUGAUGGCCAUAUCGGAGAGCCCGCAAAAGCGGCUCACGCUCAGCGGCAUUUACGAGUACAUCAUGAACAAGUUCCCGUUCUACCGGAUGAACACGCCCGCGUGGCAGAACAGCAUCCGGCACAACCUGUCGCUGAAUAAGUGUUUCGUCAAGAUCCCGCGGAGCUUCGACGACCCCGGCAAGGGCAACUACUGGAUGAUCGACCCCAACAGCAGCGACGUGUACAUCGGCGGCACCACCGGUAAGCUGCGCCGUCGGUCCACGCAAUCGUCCCGUCACCGCAUCGCUUACCGGCCGCCGAUGGCGCCGCACGGCGUGGUCAUGCCGCCGUCGCCUCACCAUCACCACCAUCAUCACCAUCACGCGGCCGCCGCAGCCGCCGCCGCCGCCGCCGCCUUCUACCACCGCGGCGGACCGCCUCACCACCCCGCCGCCGGCGCUUCCGGCUGGCCCGGCGUGGCCGAUUACCCGUCAGCCGCGGCCGCCGCGGCCGGCUUCGACUACCUUCACCAGUACUUCUGGCCACCGUCCGUCGUCACUUCGACCGCCGGCACUUACCAGCAGCGGCCGUCGCCGUCACCUCCGGCCGCGUCCACCGGUUACUCGAUCAGUCAGCUGCUCAGGCCCACCAUGCAAGUUCCGCCCAAGAGGCCCACGGCCGUCAUGCACCCCGCGGCCGCCGGCGCCCUGCUCCAAGCCACCAUGGGCCGACACCAUCAUCUGCAACAGCAGUAGUUGAUGUAAGAGAGAAAAAUGCAUUUUUUUUUUCAAUAGUUACCCCAAGUAUUAUAUAUAUACUACACACGUGUACAUAAUAUUAUAUUGUGAAUGCGAUUUUUACGUUCGAUUACUGCUGUGCUAGGUAUACUAUUUGAUUUUUCUUUUCGUUUUGUAUAGUUGAUCUCUCUUUCUCGAAAAAAAAAAACUAUUAAGUAUACUAUUAAUCAUUAUGUACAUAAUAUUAUAUAAUUACGACGUAAACACGUAAGAUAUAUAAUUAAAAAUAAUAUGUAUCGUGUACCUAUGUGUUUAAGUUAAUUUAUAUUAUAUUAUUUCGUUAAACUCGUGAUGCUAUAUAAUAAUACACUAUAGACGCACACGAGAGAACAUAAUAUAGUAACAAGUUUAUGUCUUGACUUUUUAACUCUGCACUUUACACGAUACAUUGUUAGUAUAUUAUGUAUGUUAUGUGUCUAUGUUCUAGUCACACGAGAUCGGCCUUUAGAGUACCUACAUUUAUGCGAGUACAUUUAGGUAUAUUUAUAUUGUAAUACAAAGAUAGAGUGAUGCUUAUAAAUAUGUUUCCUAUAUAUAUAUAUUAUGUAUAUAUAGUUAUAUUAAUAUGUAUUUGUAUUUAUAGUAACAAGCAUGUCACAAGUGCCUUAAAAUAACUAUAUAUAAUUAUUAUAUUAUGUACUGUACGGCAGCCAACUAUAAUAUAAUACAUAUUAUAUUAUACUAUAUUUUAGAAUAAGUAAAUGCAGUACCUAUACCUAUAAAUGUAUUAGGAAAUAGGUGCAUUUCGAUUGUUAUUGAUAUUUUUAUGUUAUACGUUUGCGAAUUCGAUAUUUGAUGGCAUCGUUAAAAAGAAAGAAUAAUAAAAAAAAAAAUUAUAAUAAUAGUAUUUAUAUAUAUUUUAUAUUAUGUACUCGUCUGUAUAUACUCGCGGGUUAUAAUGUAUUGUAAUAUAAUAAUUUAUGAAUAUUAUUACGUGCCUAUAAUCGAUAUUAUUAUUGUAUAUUAUUUUUAUUUAAUUGUUGUCGUUAUAUAUUAGGUACCUAUAUACCUAUAAAUAUUAUUAUUAAUAUAAUAAACGAUAUUUUAUUAUGAUAUAAA